AUGAAGUUUGCCGUCAUCACCAUCGCUGCCAUCGUCGCUAUGAUGAACGUCGUCACCGGUACCAUUGCCGGAGUCGACAUGUCCGCUUCGGAUCCGGCCACGACCGUGCUGUCACAGUCCAAGGCGCUCGAGGCGGCUAAACACAACUCCAUGCCCGAUGGCGUCGAGUUCACCGGAUCCAUUGAGCAAAUCGACCAGCCCGCCGACGCGAAAGAGAUUCUGGAGGUAAUGCAGACCAAGCACGACGACGCUGACAAUGCUGGCAAGCAGGAGGGUUUCGGAUGGGGUCAUGGUCGUCGUUUUGGAUGGGGUCACGGCGGUUGGGGCAGCUGGGGCGGAUGGGCUGGUUUCGGGCCCUACCGCUUCGGCUUCCGCUGCGGGGGCGUCCCCGGAUGGGCAUACCCGCUCAGCUACUGGAACAUCUUCGGCGCCGGUCUUUACGGCGGUGGCUGCAGUCUUGGCAUGCCUUUUGGAGGCCUCUACUACUGCUAA